GUAACAACGAAAGGCAUUUCCUGAGAAGCUGUAAGGAUGAGCAGCAAGAAAGAACAACAGCUAAGGAAAUACGGGACCCUAGUAGUGCUUUUUAUCUUCCACGUUCAGAUUUUUGGUUUUGAUGUUGACAAUCGACCUACAACAGAUGUCUGCUCGACACACACAAUUUUACCUGGACCAAAAGGGGAUGAAGGUGAAAAAGGAGAUAGAGGAGAAGUGGGCAAACAAGGAAAGGUUGGACCAAAAGGACCGAAAGGAAACAAAGGACCUGUGGGGGAUGUUGGUGACCAGGGAAUGCUUGGGAAAAUAGGUCCAAUUGGCGGAAAGGGUGACAAAGGAGCCAAAGGCUUAUCAGGGGUUUCUGGAAAAAAGGGAAAAGCAGGCACGGUCUGUGACUGUGGAAGAUACCGCAGAGUUGUUGGACAACUGAAUAUCAAUGUUGCUCGCCUUAACACGUCCAUCAAGUUUGUAAAGAACGUUAUAGCAGGUAUCAGGGAAACAGACGAGAAAUUCUAUUACAUUGUGAAAGAAGAGAAGAAUUACAGAGAAGCCUUGAUCCACUGCAGGGACAGAGGAGGAACACUGGCCAUGCCUAAAGAUGAGGCAACCAACACCCUGAUUGCUGACUACAUCUCCAACAGCGGCCUCUUCCGAGCCUUCAUUGGGCUGAACGACAUGGAAAAAGAAGGACAGUUUGUGUAUGCAGACAACAGCCCACUGCAGAACUACAGUAACUGGAAGGAAGGGGAGCCUCACGACCCAGCUGGCCGCGAGGACUGUGUGGAAAUGCUCAGCACGGGAGAGUGGAACGACUCCGAGUGCCAAGUCACCAUCUACUUCGUCUGUGAAUUCCUCAAGAAAAAGAAGUAAAAGUGCCACAGAAUGUGCCUGGCACUUGUACAUACAAUAACCCCUCCUCAUUCAUCCACUGUAGGGAGA